AUGAUGGGUUACAGAAAGCGCCUCUGUCUAAGUAGCAAACACUGUUAGCUUGUAUGUAAGAUAAUGCUUGGCUGUUACAUAGUGUAAUAAUUUGAUGCUUCACAUCAUUAUUGAUGUAGGAUGUCAAGGUUUUUUGUUUUUUUUACAUCCAACGUUCCCUUGUGAAGAUGUUUUACUUGAAGUCAUGACAAACUGUUGUCUUAUUAAACUUAAACUAUUAACUGGCUGUUCUUAUUCUAAUGUUAACGUGCAGGUUUGGGGCAAGUGUACACCUUUUUUUUUUUUUUUUUUUAAAUUCCCGUCUGUGGCUGGUACAAUCCGAUGUUAAACUACUGUGAUUGUAUAGCUUCUAUACACAAUCACACUGCAGUUGAUAUUACAUAACACUGUGUGGGUUUUGUUUUACAAUUAGUUGAGAGGUGAAGUUGUCUUGAUAAAAGAAAAGAAGGCAAACACAGCAGUUCACAUUAGGCAACACGUUGCUGCUCUCUGAAAUCUGAUUGGACAGAAAAAUACACCCUCGCAAGUGUCCUGGCCUCUGAUUGGCCCGCCGCACGUACGCCUACCUCUGUAACUUGACGCGGCCACGUUUCGCCUCCGGUUCUCCACCGUUCUGCCUUCCUGCACGUUAGACACCUCGAACACACACACGGCUCCACUCGAUCAUGUCUCUCGGAAAAGUCGCCCGGAGUUUUGCGAAACCGGUCCGGGUCGCCCUGCGGCCCUCGGCCUCGGCUGUGAACCGGAGCUACUCCGCUGUCGCCGAAGCCCGAGUGGUGCUGCAGGGCGAGCUCGACGGAAUCCGAUCCGCGGGGACGUGGAAAGCAGAGAGGAUCAUCACGUCAAAGCAGGGACCCCAAAUCAACGUGGACGGCAGCCGUAGCAGCAUAUUGAACUUCUGCGCCAAUAACUACCUUGGACUGUCCAGUCACCCGGAGGUGGUGCAGGCAGGGAUUGAUGCUCUGAAGACACACGGUGCUGGAUUGAGCUCUGUCCGAUUCAUCUGUGGCACGCAGGAUCUACACAAAGAUCUGGAGCAGAAGCUGGCGGAGUUUCAUGAGAGGGAGGACUGCAUCCUCUACGCCAGCUGUUUUGAUGCAAACGCCGGACUGUUUGAGGUUCUGCUGGGCCCGGAUGACGCAGUGCUGUCUGAUGAGCUGAACCAUGCCUCCAUCAUCGACGGGAUCCGACUGUGUCGGGCAAAGAGGCUGCGCUACAAACACAUGGACCUCGGCGAUCUGGAGAAACAGCUCAAAGAGUCUCAGGCGUCUCGCAUGCGCCUGGUAGUGACCGAUGGAGUCUUCUCUAUGGAUGGAGACGUGGCGCCGCUGUCAGAGAUCUGUGACCUGGCUGAGCAGUACGGAGCCAUGGUGUUCAUAGACGAAUGCCACGCCACCGGAUUCCUGGGGCCCCGAGGCAGAGGAACGGACGAGCUCCUGGGAGUGAUGGACAGAGUUGACAUAGUUAACUCCACCCUGGGGAAAGCACUGGGAGGAGCAGCUGGUGGCUACACAGUCGGCCCCAAGCCCCUCAUCGACCUGCUGAGGCAGCGCUCGCGGCCGUACCUGUUCUCCAACUCCCUCCCCCCUCCCGUGGUGGGUUGUGCCAUCCGGGCUGUAGAGCUGCUGCUCGCCUCCAGCGAGAUUUCGCAAAGCAUGACGGCCAAAACCAUGAGGUUCAGGAACAAGAUGACGCAGGCUGGCUUCACCAUCUCGGGCUCGGCUCACCCGAUCUGUCCCGUGAUGCUGGGCGACGCUCGGCUGGCCUCCAUGAUGGCCGACGACAUGCUGAAGCUCGGAGUCUAUGUGAUCGGAUUCUCCUUCCCCGUCGUACCGAAGGGCAAGGCCAGGAUCCGCGUUCAGAUUUCAGCCGCCCACACGGACGAAGACAUCGACCACUGUGUGGAGGCCUUCAUCCAGACGGGCAGGAAGCACGGAGUCGUCUCCUGAACACGCAGGAACCAGAAGGGUCCAGGAACUAGAAGGGUCCAGGAACCAGAAGGAUCCAGCAACCAGUGUGAAUCACUGAGCAACGUCGAAGCGCUCGCUCUUGCCCGAUUGCGCUGCCUGUUACUCGAGACCUAUGAUUGAUGUCGAUGGAAAUAUUAGUUACAUUUAUAGGUCAACAGAUGUUAAUGUUAUUGUUUUGUUUGCUUCGCUGAAUAAAGCACUUUUCCUGA